GGUGCCUGUUGGGCACAGGAGGAGGGGUGCUGGGGGUGCCCAUGCCCAUGUCUAUGCCCACAGGGUGCUGGAGCAGCUGGAGCCCGGGGCUCUGGGCACAAUGCUGGUGGUGGAGUUAAAAACGGAGAAAGAAGGUGCUGGGAGGAAAUAUGUGCUGAAGCAGGUUGAAUGCAUUGAUGAACAACAAGCAAAUGAAGCCCUGAAGGAGGCAAUGGAUCUGCUGAAACUUCAGCAUUCAAACAUCUGCAUUUACAAAGAAUUGUUUAUCACCUGGGAUAAUAAGAUUUCAUCUCUAUUUCUUUGUCUGGUGAUGCAACACUCAAGCCAAGGAGACCUUUCAUCUCUGAUCAAGGCAAAAAGAAAGAAGCGAGAGAAAGUAGAAGAUAUGGUGCUUCAGAAGUUCCUGGGGCAGAUGGUGGAUGCUUUGGUUUAUAUACACAAACAAAAUGUUUUUCACAGAAACCUCAAACCGUCUAACAUCCUUUUAACUGAUGAAGUAUCCUUCAUGCUUUGCGAUUUCAGUGUAGAAACUCUUAUGACUGAUGAAAUGAAAUGGAAGAUAAGAGUGGAAGAAGAUCCUGACUCUAAAUCCUGGAUGUCCCCUGAAGCACUCUGCUUUUCCUUUAGUGAGAAGUCUGACAUUUGGUCUUUAGGAUGUAUUCUACUAGACAUGAUGACCUGCUUCUUUCUGAAGGUGAAAGACACAAAUUCAUUACUGCAGGAUAUUAGAAAGGACACCAGUAGUCUUGAGAGAGUUCUGACGUUAAUGCAGAAAGGGAAUAAAGAGACUCUGCCUUUGUCUCAAAUUUUACUUAUGAUGCUACAGAUUCAGCCCAGUAUGAGACCCUCAGCAAAGGAUCUGGCUGAUAUUCCAUAUGUUAUGGAAUGUUUGACUCUUGCGGGUUCCUCUUUAUCAAAACAGGAAAAAACCUUGCCUUCAGCAAUUUUAGAUAUGCUCCUUGAAGGAGGAAUUGGAAGUAUUUUAGAAUUUAUGCAGACUUACUGGGACAUAGAGCAGGCUCAAGCAAAAGCCAUAAAGCGCCUUGCCAGCUUACUAGGAGAAGAAAAUGCCUUAAUGUGUUUGCUAGAACUUCUGGAUCCUGUCACUUGUGCAAUGAGGACUCAUAUAGAUUCUCUAGAGCUACAAUUAGAUGGCUGCAGAUUACUGCUUGACAUUAUUGGCCAAGCCCUACAAGAGAAUGUGGAUGUGGAGAUGCUAGUUGGUGAGGAAGGAAUCCAUUCUCUGUUAAAGACAAUGAGAACAUAUUCCGAAAAUGAAGAACUGCUCUCAAUGAUCUGCACUUUACUAAUGAUGAUUUCAGCCAGUGAAAUGGCUGCAGAAGCACUGAGGAAAGCUGGAGUCAUCACAGAUGUUCUGUCAAUUAUAAGCAAUUUUCCUCAGAACAGACAGAUCUGCCUUUCUUGCUCUGGUAUUCUUUGGAGCUUGGCUGUGAAUGAAAGUAACAUGGGACAAGCAUCACUAAAAAAUGCUGUCCAGAUUAUCACUGGAGUCCUCCAAGAACACCGUGAGGAUGGAGAGUUGGUUGAGUCGGCUUGCUCUGCCCUCUGGGUUCUGACACUUCAGGGCUGCUUAAUUGAAAGCCAGUAUGAACCAACAACUCUGCUUUUGUUGGAUGCUCUCAGGAUGAAUCCAGAAAGACCAGUGCUGGUGAAGAAUACCUGCUUGGCAUUGGCAAGCCUCCUAAGGAUAUCUGAGUUAUCUGCUUUCAGACUUAUCGUAACAGAUACAAAGGGCAGUGGAAUAAGCCUGAUCAAAGACUCCUACCACUUUCACUGUGAUGAUCCAGAAGUGGUGGAGAACAUCUGUAUGGUGAUUAAUGAGAUGGUUCAGUACGAUGACAUAGUGCUAGAGAUGAUCUCCCAGAAUAUGAAGGAGCUGCUGACUGAAAUGAAAGUCAAGUUUACAUCCAGUAUGGAGAUAAUUACCCUUGUGGAUUCAGCACUUUUGAAACUGCAGAAGUAAGGUAAAAGCUGUUCUAUAUAUACAAGGCUUGAAGUCUUCUGAUUCAGGUAGAAAUGAUUGAUUCCUUCAGAAGUAUUUUAAAAAGAUUUUUCUCCCCAGAAGGAGAUACUACCUGUAUUAUAUAGACAUCAUCUGCUUGAACAUAUUCCAUUGUAUUCUUUACAAAGAACCACUUUGACUACUGACAAUAUUAAGAGUCUGACAGCAGUGUUAUUUUCGGAACCUGUCUUACUUUGUGGAUUUUUGAACUACAUUUAAUGUAUACUAUACUUUCCUAAAAGAUUAAUAAAAAUCACACUAAGGUCUA